AUGGCUCCCUCAACCUCCUGUGUCAGGCUGAUGAGGGUAGUCGUUGUCCUCUUGCUACUCUUCCCCGUGCUCCUGGCGAACGAGGCGCCUCCGUUUUCGGUGAAAGCUCAAUUGAUACUGGCCGCGUGCAGGAGCGUCGGCGAAGGGAGCACGUACUUCGACGUCCAGUUCUGCGAAGGGGCCAUAGGCUCCGUUGUCGGCGGCAGCGCUGACCUCGACUACCAGGUCUUCAGCGGUAUCGCCGUGCGCCUCCUCGCAGAGAACGCCACCAGCACGAAGGCCAAGAUCGACCGCCUGCUCCGGGGCGGCGGCGGCGUGAAGCUCAAGGCAGAAGACGACGUCGCCGUGGCCCGGUGCCUCCAGUCGUGCCAGUCGCUGUAUGGUGGCAUACUAUACGAUUGGCUUGCUUGCACCGCCGCGGUCAAGACAAGGUUGUUUGGCGAGGCGACGAGAAUCCUGGAGAAGGCGGCGGCCGCUGCCAAGGAGUGCGAGGACGGAUUCGGGAAGAACAACGUGGCUUCACCGUUGUCGGCGGAGGACGAUGAUGCGUUCAAGCUCGCAAAGCUCGGCGUCGCUUUUCUCCGAUUAGCUUGA